AUGUUAUCAUCACUAUCAAAAUUAUCUAAUUCAAGAGAUCCCCUUCUAUUUGAUAUUAGGUUGAAAAGUACAGAUCAUGAUGUGUUGUUAUUAAAGGGGAAAGAGAAUGAAGCUUCGUCCGUGUUACUUGCUGGAACUAUUGUUCUCUCAGUCUUAGAACCUAUUCAAAUUAGAUCACUAUCGUUACGCCUGAUUGGUAAGGUAAGAUUGAAUAUUCCUACUACAUAUUGUAUUAAUGGUGUUAACACAAAAAAAUAUGUUAAAUAUGAAAAGAUGAUAUUUUCUUAUAAUUGGGAUGAAUUUAAUAUGGACGACUUUUUUGAUAACUUAUAUGGUAAUUAUGGGAAAAUGAAAUUAAAUAAUUCUGGAAGAUUAUCACCAUCUACUAUUAGCUCAAAUUUAAAUACAAAUAGUACAAACAAUGGUAAUUCAGAUGGACUCCUAAACUCUAACAUUUCUUCUAUACCGACAAGAAGCAAAUCAAGUAGUUCUUUGUUCUCUUUAGGAAACACCUCGACUUAUCAUACAUUGUUACAAGGAAACUAUGAAUUCCCUUUCAGCACUGUUUUACCAGGUUCAUUAAUAGAGAGUGUGGAGGGCUUGCCCAAUGCAUCGGUAAUCUAUAAAUUGGAGUCUGUAUUGGAAAGAACUAAAGGUCCAGAUAUUAAUUGUCAAAAACCAUUAAGAAUAGUAAGAACUUUAUCUCCAGAUGCAGUGGAAUUGUCUGAAACAGUAGCAGCAGAGAACUCUUGGCCAAAUAAAAUGGAAUAUACAUUAUCUAUUCCUGCUAAAUCGAUUGCUAUUGGAUCAGCGACUCCUGUAUAUAUUGUACUUGUACCUUUGCUUAAAAAUUUAAAGCUUGGUCACAUUAAGAUAUCUCUGCUUGAAACAUCGCAGUAUUUAGGUCCAUUCGGUGGGGUCGUAAAUCAAGAAAGAAUAGUGACAAAGCUUAAGUUAAAAGAUCCAUUAGGUCAUAUUAGUUUAUUGAAAAAACAAAGAGAGGGAAACGGAAACAAUGACGACCUAGGGCCAAUUGAUUUUCAAGAUAGAUGGGAAAUAGACACAAUUAUUAAUGUUCCACCAAGUUUGUCUAAAUGUACCCAAGAUUGUGAUAUCUUUAAUAACAUAAGAGUUCGCCACAAAUUAAAAUUUAAUAUUUCAUUAAUCAAUCCAGAUGGACAUAUUUCUGAACUUAGAGCAUCUUUACCAAUUCAAUUAUUUAUAUCACCAUUUGUUACUGUAGGUGUAAAAAAUACUAAAACGGUAGAAAUGGAACAAGAUAGAAAAGUUAACUCAAAGGUGAAUUAUAAUAAUGAUGGUAACACUAGUAGUAAUGCAAACACCAGUUUUUCGUCUGAGACGUUUUUCCUCAAUAACAAAGAAACUAACACAGAUGAAGAUGAAGAUGUAAUUUUUGCAAAUGCUACAUCUGAGGUUGAACUACAUGCUGGUACUUUAGAAAAUAAUUUCUUUGCUACAACAGCAAUUUCUGAAUUGAUGACACCUCCUAAUUAUGGUAAACAUGUUUAUGAUAGGCUAUGGAGUGAUAUACCGGCAUCUCAAAACUCUUUAAGUUUAGAACCUGAAUUAAAUACUUGUAAUCCAGUUUCUAAUAGUUCACCAGAUGUUUGCAAUGACCCACAUGAUGUAAAUAAUUUACAAGAAAAUUUUACUGAAUUAAAUUUAUUAAGAGACACUCAAGUCACUCCAGUUUAUUUAUCUUCCACAAAUCCAUUUAGAGAUAGUCAGUUCCCAACAUUUGCCACCUCAGAAUCAGACCCUCAAUGUUUAGAUGAAGGCUUACAGAGUCUUCCAUUGACACCAGCUUUUGAUCAUAUUUCAAGGGCUAGUUCAUUUAGUAACCUAAGACAAGAAUCGACUGCAUCCUUAAGGAAAGUAUUUGAAAUGGCUGAAUUAAGUAGAUUGCCUUCUUAUGACAAAGCUGUACACUCCGAUAUUAUUGAGGAUGAUUUACCUCCAACUUAUCCGCAUAAUGAGGAACAAAGUGAACACUUAUCACAGGAAAGAAACAACAUGCUAAGAUCUGUCAAUAAAUUUUCGUUAGAAAAACCACAGUCACUCCGUCAUAGAUCAUCAUCCUUUUUGAGUGUUGUUUCAAGACAAAGAUCUUUAAGUAGAAGUAGUAAUAAUUCGAAUACAUCAUUAAAUUUAAUGGCAAGAAAUAAUACUGGUGGCUCUUUAAGUGUUCCGCAAAAUAAUUCUAAUUCAACAACUUCAUUGAAUAAAUUGUCAUCAUCAGGACGUAAAGCAUCAUUCAACAUGACUCCAAUUCCUCUUCCCGUAAUUAGACAGGAUUGUGUAGAGGAAAAUAAUUUGACAUCCUAUCCAUUACAAAGAAAUGAUGCAAUAAACUCAUCAAAAUCCAGACAACGUUCCACAUCUUUUCCAGUAUUUGUUGGAAUGUUUUCAAAGAAAGAUUAA